GCAGACCAGAUCAAUUUCUUCCACGGGUGCUUGCAGGAUGGCGAGAACUGCGCCAACUUGUGCGCAGGGCGCGACUUGCGCUGGCGUCCACCUAUGACCGUUCAGGCACACCAGAGCCACGUGUCUCAAGGCUUCGCUCAGGCUGGCGAGCACUUCGGCGAUUCUUGGAGAGCUUGGUACGGAGACUGGACGCUCCAGGCGAGAGCGAGGUCUCGCCUCUGGAGCGCAGCCAGGCCGCGGAGGCCGCCGCCCCGUGGGAGCACGCGGGCCGGACGCGGGGGCCGGUGGCCCGGAGGAGGCCCGAGCGCGCGCCCGAGGCGGCGGGCCCGGCGAGGGGCAGGUCCUCCUCCGAGCCCGCGCCGCGGCGCCGCGGCGCCCGCGCCGACGGACGACGGUCCCGGAGGGAGCGCAAGAUGACCAUCAGCAGGCUGCGGCAUGCCCUCCAGACGCCGAUCGCGGCAGCAGGUGGCUCGAGGGCGCAGACCAAAGAGGUGAAUCCAGACUACGACUGGUCGCGGACUACGCAGGAGAACCACACGAUCGGGGCGAGGGGGGUGAAGGGAGAAAGGGAGGGCGAGGUGUACGGGAAGUUCGCGGGCAUCCGCGAGGGGAUGGAUUUCGAGUACCACGGCUGCUACAGCGCCGCGAGGACGAAGCUGCAGGAUCAGAUCAUCAUGGAUUCUGUGGGCGGCGGGGUGGUCUCGGAGCACCCGUGGCUGCCAGAGAACCCGGGGUACCAGAGGCGCUACCCAGAGACCGCAGGGCGGAUGACCCACCGCGAGAGCGGAUAUUGCGUGGAGAUCGCCCAGGAGGCCGCCCUGCAGCAGUCCAAGGGCGUUUGGGUCGACGGCUCGCUGCGCGACAGCGUCUGGUACGCCCGGGUCUUCCGGGACAUCCGCAGGAGGCACCCGCAGUACCGCAUCGCCAUACUCCACGUGUACGUCCCGUGGGAGAUUGUGGUCUCGCGCGCGGCGGCCCGAGCCCGAGCAACAGGACGGGCCGUGCCCGAGGAGGAGCUCCGCCACUCGUUCGAGAGCGUGCCGCAGGCUUCUCCCAGGGCAGGGGCAACAGUCAUCGUCGGGGCGGAGGAUCCUAGAUCCUACAAGGAUUAG